UUCUAGUUUGUCAAAAGCAACAAAAAUUCUCUGUUUUUGUAAGAACCACUAGCUAGCAAGCACAAUAAAGAGGCAGGUACUUGAUGAGGGUGGAAGAUAUAGGAGGGGAGUGAAAAGAGGCUGGUCAUUCUCCUGUAAAUCAGCUUCUGCCGCUGCCUUAUCUUUUCUCAGAUCAAAUCCAACCCUUAUCUCUCUCGUCCUCCUCCUCCAUUUCUGGUAAAAAUUUAAUCCAUCUUUUCAACUUCUUCUGCCUCUUUUUCUUUGGUCGUUGGCUUAUUUUCUUGGUAUAAGACAAAAAGAAAUAAAUAUCACUACACAAAUCAGUCACCAGUAACCACUCACCUCCUCCUGUAAUGGCGGAAACUUUGCACCCUUUCCUUCCUUGUUUACUAUAUAUGAUUAAUAACUCUCUCUCUCUCUCUCUCAGCCUUCAUGUCUGCCUGCAACUUUUCCUUGAUCCUGCCGUUUUGUCUUGGUACCCAAACCAACUAGCCAAGUUCUUGUUCAUUUUAUUAUUGAACAAUUAAUUAAAAAAUAAACACAAUUACCCAACAUUUUCCUUGUUUUUUUUUUUCACUAGAACUUGUAUCUCGAAAUUCUGGAAGCUUUGAUCAACCAUUUCAGCAUCUUUGGCAGGUUGUAAUAAACAACAAUGUCUGGUGGAUCUCCAAAGCAUAAUCAGUUUGAAAACCAGAGGAAUCGUAUCACAUGGAUCCUGGGGGUAAGUGGCCUCUGCGUAGUGUUUUAUGUAUUGGGAGUUUGGCAGGGUAGUAGUGCACCCACCAAGCCAUCUGAGGUCUACAACAGAAUAGAUUGUCAGCCUGGAAUGUCCGCAAAUGAGGAUAGAUCCUCAUCAUCGUCGUUGUCGUCGUUGCCGGUUCAAUUGGACUUUGAAAGCCAUCAUAGGGUGGAGAUGAACAGAACCAGUGAGGCACAGAAGUUCCCACCUUGUGAUAUAAAAUAUAGUGAAUACACCCCUUGCCAAGAUCCGAAUCGAGGGAGGAAAUUCGAUCGAAACAUGUUGAAAUACAGAGAAAGACAUUGCCCCAAAAUGGAGGAACUCCUUCUCUGCUUGAUUCCUGCACCACCAAAGUAUAAGACCCCUUUUAAAUGGCCUCAGAGCCGUGAUCAUGCUUGGUAUGACAAUAUUCCCCAUAAAGAGCUUAGCAUUGAAAAAGCUGUUCAGAAUUGGAUUCAAGUGGAAGGUGACAGAUUCAGAUUCCCUGGAGGAGGCACUAUGUUCCCUCGUGGAGCUGAUGCUUACAUCAAUGACAUUAACAAGCUAAUCCCUCUUACGGAUGGAAGCAUCAGGACGGCCAUUGAUACAGGCUGUGGUGUUGCAAGUUGGGGUGCAUACCUGUUGAAGAGAAACAUCGUAGCGAUGUCCUUUGCGCCGAGGGAUACCCAUGAAGCACAGGUCCAAUUUGCAUUGGAGAGGGGAGUUCCUGCCAUGAUUGGCAUCAUGGCUUCGCAGAGAAUUCCCUAUCCUGCAAGGGCUUUCGACAUGGCUCACUGUUCGCGAUGCCUGAUACCUUGGCAUAAGUAUGAUGGUAUGUAUCUCAUUGAAGUGGACAGAGUUUUGAGGCCUGGUGGCUACUGGAUACUCUCCGGACCUCCUAUUCACUGGAAGAAACACUGGAGAGGCUGGGAAAGAACACGAGAAGAUUUGAAAGAAGAGCAGGAUGCCAUUGAAAAUGUCGCAAAACGCCUGUGCUGGAAGAAAGUAAUUGAGAAGGAUGAUCUUUCAAUUUGGCAAAAGCCCAUCAACCACAUUCAGUGCAUUAAGAGCAGGAAGGUCUACAAAACACCUCACAUUUGCAAGUCUGAUAAUCCAGAUGCAGCUUGGUACAGAGACAUGGAAACUUGCAUUACACCAUUGCCAGAGGCAAGCAGUGAAGAGGAAGUUGCUGGUGGUGCACUGGAGAAAUGGCCGGAACGUGCAUUUGCAGUGCCUCCAAGGAUUAGUAGUGGCUCAAUACCAGGCAUAACUGCUGAGAAAUUCCAGGAGGAUAACCACGUAUGGAAGGAGAGGGUGUCCCAUUACAAGCGGAUUAUUAGUCCCUUAACCCAAGGACGAUACAGGAAUGUGAUGGACAUGAAUGCUUACCUUGGUGGAUUCGCUGCAGCUCUCGCAAAAUAUCCUUUGUGGGUUAUGAAUGUAGUUCCUGCCAAAUCAGAAAAAGAUACAUUAGGCAUAAUCUAUGAAAGGGGAUUCAUUGGUACAUAUCAGGACUGGUGUGAGGCCUUCUCAACUUAUCCAAGAACCUAUGAUCUCAUCCAUGCUGACAAUGUAUUCAGUAUUUAUCAGGACAGGUGUGAUAUCACUUACAUUUUGCUGGAGAUGGAUAGAAUCCUGAGGCCAGACGGGACAGUUGUGUUCAGGGAUACAGUAGAGAUCCUUGUGAAGAUCAAGAGUAUAACAGAUGGUAUGAGAUGGAAGAGCCAGAUUAUGGACCAUGAAAGUGGACCUUUUAAUCCAGAGAAAAUUCUUGUUGCUGUCAAAACCUAUUGGACUGCUGAACCUCAAAAAUCACAACUACUGUAGUAGAUAUGAUAGGAUCUUUCUCUACUUUUCUUCUCCUUUCUUUCAUGGUCAUUUCAAUCUGCCAAAUGUCGUGGAAUUACUGUGUUCACUCAGAAUUUUGAUCCAAUGAAACUCUUCCUACUAAAUGGGAAGAGGAUAGGUUUACUAAUCGAGUCAUGUAUUGUUUUAAGAUGCUGAAAUGGAAAUUAAGAAUUUUCUUUCAA